GUGAUGGCUGUGGGCACAUAGUGACCUCUCAGGACAGUGGCACAGUGACAUCUAAGAAUUAUCCAGGGACUUACCCCAAUCACACUUUCUGUGAAAGGACUAUCACGGUACCAAAGGGGAAGAGACUAAUCCUGAAGUUGGGAGAUUUGGACAUCGAAUCCCAGACCUGUGCUUCUGACUAUCUUCUCUUCACCAGCUCUUCAGAUCAGUAUGGUCCAUAUUGUGGACGUGUGACCGUUCCCAGAGAACUCUUACUGAACACAAGUGAAGUAACCAUCCGCUUUGAGAGUGGAACCCACAUCUCUGGUCGGGGUUUUUUGCUGACCUAUGCCAGCAGCGACCAUCCAGAUUUAAUAACGUGUUUGGAACGAGGUAACCAUUAUUUGAAGGCAGAAUUCAGCAAAUUCUGCCCAGCUGGUUGUAGAGACGUAGCAGGAGACAUUUCUGGGAACAUGGAAGAUGGAUAUAGAGAUACUUCUGUAUUGUGCAAAGCUGCCAUCCAUGCGGGGGUGAUCGCAGAUGAGCUGGGCGGCCAGAUCAGCGUGCUGCAGCACAAAGGGAUCAGCCACUACGAAGGCAUCCUGGCCAAUGGCGUGCUCUCCCGAGAUGGCUCCCUGUCACACAAGCGAUUUCUGUUCACCUCCGAUGAUUGCAGCAGAUCCUUGAGUUUGGAAUCUGAUGGGCAAAUAAGAGCUUCUUCUUCUUGGCAGUGGGUCAGCGAAACAGGAGAACAAGUUCAUUGGUCUCCUGACCAUGCCCGCCUUCAGGACCAAGGUCUUUCGUGGGCUUCAGGAGAUAGCAACAACCGCAAACGAGAAUGGCUAGAGAUAGAUUUGGGCGAGAAAAAGAAAAUAACAGGAAUUAGGACUACAGGAUCCACACAGUCAAAUUUCAACUUUUAUGUUAAGAGUUUCAUGAUGAGCUUCAAAAACAGCAACUCCAAGUGGAGGACCUAUAAAGGAGUUACAAAAACUGAAGAAAAGGUAUUUCAGGGUAACUCCAACUUUCGGGACCCAGUGCAGAACAAUUUUAUCCCUCCCAUUGUGGCCAGAUACGUGCGAGUUGUCCCCCAGACGUGGCACCAGAGGAUAGCCUUGAAAGUGGAGCUCAUUGGUUGCCAGAUUACACAAGGAAUAAACAUUAUAACCGUGGCUGUUCCACUGGUGCUCCUCGUGGUCCUGUUACUUGCCGGAAUGGGAAUCUUCGCAGCCUUUAAAAAGUGGAAGAAGAAAGGAAAUCCUUAUGGAUCAGCUGAUGCUCAGAAAAUGGGCUGUUGGAAGCAAAUGAAAUACCCCUUUAUCCGACAUCACUCAGCCGAGUUUACCAUCAGCUAUGAUAAUGAGAAGGAGAUGACACAAAAGUUAGAUCUCAUCACGAGUGACAUGGCAGAUUACCAGCAGCCUCUCAUGAUUGGCACCGGGACAGUCACGAGGAAGGGCUCCACCUUCCGGCCCAUGGACACGGACGCGGACGCGGCUGGGACGAACGCGGAGUCUGGCGGCCACUACGACUGCCCCCCGCGCGCCGGCCUCCCAGAGUACGGCUACCGCGUCCCCGGGCCCCGGCCCGCACACAAGCAUUCGCUUUCUUCGGGCGCCUGUCCUGGUUCCGCUGGCACCGGAGCAGGCACCGAGAGCACAGACUAUCAAAUGCCGCACAGCACCCAUCCCGCGGACGGGGGCUACGACCAGCCCAAAGGCGCCCAGGGCAGAGACCCCGACUCGCAGAAGGCACAGCUGAGGCCAGGGACGAAUGAUGGUUAUUCGGCCCCCAGAGACUGCCUCAGACCCCUCAACCAGACAGCCAUGACUGCGCUUCUGUGAACCGUGUGAAAGUAGCCUGCCGUGGUACUCGCUGUCGGGCGCUGGCGUUGCCGUCAUGUUGUGUGUGCGGGUGAGAGUAUAGGAUCCUAGAGACACUUCUACUGUUUACAAAAUCGUGCAGCUGGUUUUGUUCUGCCCCUCAGGGCGAGAGUCUGUUAGGUUUGGGGGUGGGGGGCUAGAAAAAGGAAAAUUUUCAGAUGGCAUUUUUCAUUUAUGUAACUGUGAUACUGAACUGCUCUGGUGUAAAAUGUGCAAUCUGUCGUGUUUAACAGGGAGUGAAAUAACUUAAGCUUGCUUUCUCAGAAUUCUGCACAGAGGUUAGGGGGGCAAGGGCAGCUGAUGCAAAAACCGUAUGUCAUAGUGUGUUCAUCUUUCUCGGUAUAUUUUAUUAUCUGAUACUGUGUUAGCAGCAGGUCUGUUUAAAGUUAGUCUUGUUACUGCGGUUCGUUUCCUUUCCUUCAUAGCUAGAACUAAAGGCCUUUUUGACAUUCUCCUGGAAGAAAUGAAAUCACUUGAAACAUGGAAAGCACUCCAGGUGGUUGGCUGGUGAGCCAUUGUGAUCGUAGAUGAAAAAAAAACAAUACUUCAACACGUGCCCAUUUCCUCAGACUCACUUGGGAUGGGGAGGGAAAGUGGUCCGGUCUGGGCAGCCUCAGGCCCAUAGCCUGCAGGGGACUGGGUGCUCUAGGCCUGAGUGAAUGGGCUGUCCUUAGGAAGCGGCCUUCUCUGUUGGCUUCCUCCUGUCUCAGGCCUGGCAGAUACCAUGCAGCCUUCACGUGCACAUCUGCCUCUCCAGCCUGUCCGCAUAGCCAAAUACUGAGACUUGCAGACAACCAAAACCGUCUUCUCAGCAAACUGAAAUAAAGGUGGCACAGGAACUGCAGCCUCAAUUACGUGUCAGAUGUCUGUGCCUCAGAAGAAAAAUAUUGCUGAGGUCAGAAGCCUAUACUUUUUGUGACAUUUUGAGCACAUUUUAGUGACUUCCGUUGUCCCCUAAAAAAAUGUUACUUGAAAUGGGUUUUUAUAAAAUAACUGAGGCCAAGGGUAGUGCUUUUCUACUGAAAUGCUUGGGAACCGAACCAAUAUUGUCAGAAACAAUUUUCCUCUCAAGUGUAUGUUUGACCCUAGAAUAGCCCAGACCUCAGCUGUACCUCAUGUUCAGUGAUUUUUUUCGUGAGUAUGCUUUUGAGUUAACUGUGGGAGGAUUUUAACCUCUUUUGCCAAAGAGGAGAGUGUGCAUGUGUAUGUUUUUAUAGAAAAUAUGGACCAAAAGACCCUUUCCCUAAAUAAUGUUUUAUAAUUCUAUUCGUAUGGUUAUUACUUCUGUGGAACGUAUGUAUGUUAAGACAGUGGAAGUGUUGGAAGGUCAUGACAAUCUGAUGGUUAUUGUGGAGGGCACACUGUUUACUUUGUGGAGUUUACAUGAUUUUAUGUGCAUACUAAUUGUAAUAAACUGUGCCAGAUCAGAC